GACCCAACAGGAAUGUUAGCCAUCCAGGAACUUCUGAGCAGUGAUGGGGUGCAAAACCAGGGCAUUGAGAAGCACGCCACAUCAAAAAUCCCCUUAUUUAGGGAAGUCAUGCCGCCAGGCUCCUGGGCCAUGUGUUCCCAAGAUGGCGACCCACAAGAGCCAUCAAUGGCUUUCUCGGAGGACAGCAAUGUGGAAGAUACACCAAUAUCUGUGGUCAGGUCAAGCUUGAUUUCAGCAGCAGCUUCUCCUCUUGUGAGCCAGGCUACACACACCACAGCCCAGGCCUCUUUGAGCUGA